UCUUACCCUAAAAUGGUAAAACUAGUUAUCUCAUACCUGAACGGUAACUUUCUGAUUCAUGACUUUUUUGACUCCAAGUACAUAAGACUUUACAUGUUCAAACUGAUUUUUUCACGUCACACAAAUACUUUAUUCAAUUCUCCCGUCCCAUUAUCGCUUGUAUAAAAUAUCGAAUGUGCCUCUACUAAAACUUUACACACUUCCACCCAAACCCAAAAUUAAGUCAAAUGUGCCCAAAUUCAAAAACCAAAGCCAUCCUAUCCCUAUUGCAAGGAUGCAACGGCCUCAAACGGCUCAAAAAAAUCCACGCCCACGUCAUCACCAUCGGUCUUCAACCCGAUCCCGCCAUUUCAAACAAGCUGCUCAACUUCUGCGCCGUCUCCGUCUCCGGCAGCUUGGCCUACGCGCAGCUGCUCUUCUACCACCAUCUUCAAAACCCACAAACCCAGGAUUGGAAUUCCCUCAUCAGAGGCUUCUCCAACAGCCCUUCUCCUCUCCACGCCAUUUUUUACUACAAUCUCAUGCUUUCAUCUGGUUCCGAUUCUUCUCCUGAUACUUUCACUUUCUCCUUCGUGCUCAAGGCCUGCGAGAAGUUGAAGGCCCGGAAGAAGUGCGAAGAGGUUCAUGGAGCUGUGGUGAGGUUUGGGUACGAGAAGGACGUCGUUGUUUGCACCAAUCUUAUGAGAUCCUAUGCGGGAGAUGGGUUGAUUGAGAGUGCGGAGAAGGUUUUUGAUAAUAUGCCUGAGAGAGACUUGGUGUCCUGGAAUUCUAUGAUUUCGUGUUAUUCUCAGAAGGGUCUUCACCAUAUGGCGUUGAAGACGUAUAAUCUUAUGAGAAAUGAGAAUGUGGGUCUUGAUGGGUUUACGAUUGUUGGGUUGCUUUCGUCUUGUGCUCACUUGGGCGCAUUGAAUACCGGAGUUCAGAUGCAUAGAAUUGCUAAUGAAAAGGGGCUUGUGGGGAAUGUUUAUGUUGGGAAUGCGCUUAUUGAUAUGUAUGCUAAAUGUGGUAACUUGGAUAGUGCUCUUUGCGUCUUUGAGAGAAUGGGAAAGAAAGAUGUUUUUACUUGGAACUCCAUGAUUGUUGGGUAUGGAGUACAUGGUCAUGGAGAAGAAGCAAUCUCAUUUUUCAGGCGGAUGUUGGUCGAAGGAGUCCAGCCAAACUCCAUCACAUUUCUUGGUUUGUUAUGUGGAUGCAGUCACCAAGGUUUGGUUGACAAGGGUGUCGAGUACUUCAAUGUGAUGAGCUCCAAGUUCAGUGUCAAGCCUGGAAUUAAGCAUUACGGGUGCCUGGUGGAUCUGUUUGGCAGAGCUGGGAUGCUCGAAAAGGCGCUUCAAGUUGUUGGGACUUCGCGUGCCCAGGAGGAUCCAGUCCUUUGGCGGACUCUGCUUGGCUCUUGCAAGAUUCAUAAAAAUGUAGAAAUAGGAGAAAUUGCCAUGAGGAAUCUAAUCCAGCUAGGGUCAGCUAAUGCAGGGGACUAUGUGCUUCUUGCUUCGAUUUAUUCUACAGAGAAAAAUGCAGAUGGUGUUGUAAAGAUGAGAAAAUUGAUCAAAACUGAGGGAGUAAAGACCACUUCUGGUUGGAGCUGGAUUGAAAUUGGUGAUCAGGUUCACAAAUUUGUCGUGGACGACAAGUCACAUCCAGAUGCUAAUGAAAUUUACCAAAAAUUGAGGAAAAUAGUUCAUCGAGCUGCUCUGCAUGGUUACGUGCAGGAGGAUUCCCUCAUGACAGUGUCUGAACUUACUUCCACAGACACAGAUUGUUUGGGAACUUCCGGUUCAUGUCACAGCGAGAAGCUGGCAAUUGCUUUUGGCCUAGCAAGAACUCCAGAAGGAACGCCCUUACGAAUAGUAAAGAACCUGAGAGUCUGUAGGGAUUGUCAUUCGUUUACAAAGUUUGUUUCGCAAGCUUUCGAUCGGGAAAUAAUUGUUAGGGAUCGUGUUCGGUUUCAUCACUUCAAGGGUGGAUUAUGUUCAUGUAAAGACUAUUGGUGACCAAUCUAAUUCGUUAUUUGAAUCAAA